AAAUAGUUAUUUAAUAGAGGAAAGUUCCUCUUCGUGUUUAAUCGAUGAUGAAAGAAAGAAAUACGAUCCACGUGCUAACGUUGAACGAGUACAGACCAAUUUUGUACUGCGGAGUUCUAUUUCUUUCUAAUAUGACUUUCUCUCUCUCUCUCUCUCUCUCUCAACACUCAACAAUCGUGCGAUUGCAGUUCGCGCUCGCGCCAUGACUAAACCAACUAUUUAUAAAGACAGACGAGGUGCGCGGAUAAAUUUUCAUUAGUUGCUAACGACAAGGUGAGAUUCGCGAUAUCGCGAUUUCGCGUCUAGAUGUCUCUCGUUUGACGAAACGUCGUUUUAUAAGAAGCGUUUUUUACCGACGAGACUUCGGAAAGAAGAAGAAGAGAGCGCGUCGUCGCGCGUUCAUUUCUCGGCGUGUACGCGAUCGCGCGAUGCACCCGCACGCAAUGUUGCACCGUUUGCCAGCUGCGACAGGAUGCAUCCGUGUGCAUCCGUCGUGCGCGUCGUUUCGGCUAGCAUGCGCGAGAGCACGGAGGCGCCUUUAUUCGUGGGAAGUCCGAAGUGUGAAUAUAUUUUUGUUGGCCCCGCCACGAUGCCGGAAAGUCCGCCGCGGUACAGCCAGUUGCCGCACGCUAUAAAUAUCGCUUUUGCAUCGAAACCGCCUGCCCCAAUCCGAUACUCCGCGAUUCAGGACGUCGUCGUCGUCGUCGUCGUCGUGCUCUCUCUCCUCAGCACGCCCCAUUAUUCUCCGCCGCUGGCGGGGUUUGAUCACGUGUCGCGAUCUAUCUCAUUAGCGAUCAAUGUCGGAGCUUUCGGAGCAUCUUUUUCAUUAAACAUUCCACUUGCGACAAUGGUCGCCAGUUGGAAGAUGAGCGCCAACAGCGGCCCUUCCGAUGUCAAGAGCUUUACGUAGACGAGAACGCGGGCGUUUUCGACACGAGAGGUUCGGGAGAGAGAGAGAGAGAGAGAGAGAAAGAGUGAGAAGAGAAAGACAGAGAGAGAGAGAGAGAGAGCCGCGUGGAAAAGGCCAGAGUUAGUGCCGCCCGCGCUCGCGUCGUGCCAGUAGUGCUUUAACGCGAAUAAUCCCGCGAGAGUCGCGAACGAGCAAGGGACGAGGUGCGAUUGCGAGAGCGAGGGUGUCGCGAAAAAGGUGACAAACGGGGACAUCCCGGCGGAGGACAUACUCUUGAGAAAAAGCAGAGGGUAGCAGGAGUUUUUUGCGAGGCGGACUCCGACGGUGUGUCUCGA